UGCUCCAUUUCUGAUUGUGUAGGACUCAAGAAGGACAACAUGGAGAUGAUGCAGAAGCUCCAGAUGAACAAGGAGAAAGCACAGGCCAUUUCUGCUGAAGUUGCCCGCAAUAAGGAUUACAAAAGAUUGAAGAGUGAGCUAGAGGGACAGUGCUCGACUCUGGACAUCCACCGGAACCUGAUCCAGAUGUUGAUCCUAGGCAUGGGCCAGGAAUGGAGACAGAACCCGCGGUACAAGCAGGUGAUGCUGGAAUGUGGGGAACCCCUGAACUUGUAG